GCAGACUAAAGUCCUAGUACCCAUUGAGUGGAAAACCUCAUACAGAUAUUUCCUAAAUAUAGAAAUAGCAAAACAGUUCUAUUUACACAUCAGAAACUGACUGAAAUUACAGCUUCAUCUAAGUAUGUAUGGGGACCCGCUAGAGCUUUUUCAGCGACCUGUAGAGGUCCUCGGACCUGAAGUUGGGAGACACUGUCCAGGGCUUCUCGAGAAUCUUCUGUUAGGACAGAGGGAAGGAAGUUGCAGCCCAUGUUAGGAGAUGUUCCCCCUGGACCGCGACUGCAGUCAGCAGUGCACAGUGUCGAUCGCACACAAGGAUUCCUCUCCGGGACGGAUCAUUAUCAUAAUAAUAAUACAUCUAAAUCAUUCACGAUCAUGGCUCAAGCUAAGAUACAGGCGAAAAUGAACGAGGCUACGUGCAGCAAGUUCAGCAGGACGCUGUCCAUGGCAGAUCGCUCCGGACAACUCCUGGAAAGUUUGGAUCAGCUGGAAAUGAGGGUGGAGACUUUACGCGAAACAGCUUCGGCCAUGGAGGUGGAGAGGGAGUUCAUCCUGGAAAUGAUUCAGUCCUUACAGAACGGACAGGAACUGCGAAACAUCAGUGCUGGGGAGAGAGAAGAGUUGUCUUUAACAGCAAACCGUCUAAUGGGCCGGACGCUGUGCGUGGAGAUCUCCAUCGGCACGAUCAGGAACUCCCUGCAGGAGGAGGCGUUGCGCAAUGCCACAUCUGUAAUCGAUGAGAUAGUGAAGAAGUUGCUGGACGAUAUGGACGGCGGGCGGCAGCAGCUGCUGGCCGUGCACGCUGCCUGUGUGACCGAGGCCCCGCCCGUCCCCAUCGACCAGAAGUUUCAGGCCAUCGUGAUCGGCUGCGCCCUGGAGGACCAGAAGAAGAUCAAGCGCAGGCUGGAGACGUUGCUGAGGAACGUUGACAAUGCUAAGAAGAACAUCAAGAUUAUGGAUCACCAAAAACUGGAGGACCCAAAAACCAAUGGCAGUCAAUAAGACUCGUCACCAAAACAUGAAAUGUGUCAUAAAGCCACAAACCUCAACCAGAACUGCCCUCAUCAUGUACUAACUUUCAUAAGAUGACACGUAGCACCAAGACCAGUCCCUUUAUUAAAUGAUACUGAACCAUAGGGCCAAACAACAGACACCAUCAUUCUCCAUAACUUCUGGGCAGAAUCAAGUGUUACCUUCAAAUUAUUAACACUGACCUACUUUAAAUAUAUUGUUAAUGUCUAUACCUAGUACACAAUGUGUGUUCACAUAUACACUGAAGUAAGAAGGAAAAGAUACGAUGGCCUAGUGCUCCAUUGGAGGUGUGAUCACAGUUUAUUGUAAAAUCCACUGCUUGAAAAACAAUGAAUUUAAUGUUGAAGUAUAUCUAUGUAUUUUUUUUUCUGUUUCGUUGUCUCACCUUUUAAAUCAGGCACUUGGUAAUGCCUCUGGAUGUGCACUGCAUACACUACCUCUGUGUGAAGGCAACACUAAUCACGCUGUGGAUUUUAGUUCCUGUUUGCACAAAGCAUGUCAGAUUAUGUGUCAAAACUUUGAUUAAAAAAAAAAAAAAAAAAACUGUCGAUGAAGCAGAUUACUCAGGUUGGAUCUAUAGACUGAGCCCUGUUGGCAUCACAUAUGUCUUUAAACAGAGAUCACAGCAAUCUUUUACUGAAUGAAGUUACAGACAAAAGGACGAUAGUAACAGUGCUGUAGCCCCAUGCUUGUCAGCUUCAAAGAUCUUGGUAAGUCUGAC